AUGGCACGCUCGGCCACCGCGUUCCUCCCCUCGGCGCCGAUGGUCUACGCGGUGAUCUCCGAUCCAGGGAUCGUAGACAACCCCGACAUCCCGAGCUACCAACCGCACGUGUACGGAAGGUGUGAUCCUCCAGCGCUGAUUCCGCUUCAAAUGAACGCGAGAAAUGUACACAACCCAGUGAACCAACCUGAAUGGCGCUCACCGGGCACUGACACUGGUCUCGAAGGUAUUGGAGAUGCAUGCAAACAUUCGGGCAUUAGAAACUUUAUUAAGGAACUAAGCAAGUGGUCUGGUUCACCAGGAUACUGCUUAGAAAUUGGAAAUGGAUCCUGGGAUUCUUGGACUAAGCCUCUAUUAAAACAGACAUCUAUUGCCUGUGAGAAGGUAAAGAAGAUGAGUGAUCUAGGUCAGGGUUACAACAUUGUGGGACUUUCUCAGGGAAACUUGAUUGGUAGAGGAAUAAUUGAAUUUUGUGAUGGAGCACCUCCUGUUAAGAAUUUUAUAUCGCUGGGAGGUCCACAUGCUGGUACCGCUUCUAUUCCAUUAUGUGGAGUAUGUGCUUGUUCUACUACUGCGCUUAGAAAGUCUCUGCAAUUCCUCUAUAUUCUAUUUGUCUUUUGUUAAGGUUAAGUUGGGUAAACAUCGUAGAUGAACUUCAUUCAGCAGAUGUUGGCUUUUUAUAUAGAAAUGCCGAUACUAAUGAAGCAU